CAUUUACAGAUGACCGAAGAGCGUGAAGGUUCAGUGCAACUUGGCGUCAUCCAAAGAGAAACUGGUAAAAGAGCCCAAAGAAAUAUUAAAUAAGCUCAAUGUGAACUGAACAUGGUUUUAGGUCGGUCAAAGUUACCAUUGAUUGUAGUUGUAGUCUGUACUUUAGCCAUUCCGUUGUUCUUCAUCGCAAAGAGGGCUUCAUUAAAUGGAGGAUACACAAUUUGGAAUGGUUGGGGGGCUUGUUCCAGCGACUGCGGCGAAGGAAUUCGCAUCAGGACCAGAACUUGCACAAAUCCCAUAGCCGGACGGUUCGGUAAAACGUGUCUUCAACUAGGCCUUGGAGAACCACAGGAAGAGGAGAAGUGUAAACUCAAAGAAUGCCCUAUAGAUGGAGGAUUCACAGAUUGGGGUGAAUACGGCGUCUGCAGCAAACCUUGUGGCACCGACGGCGUUAAAAAACGAACGAGAACUUGCACAAAUCCCCUGCCGCAGUUCGGAGGCAAACCCUGCGAAGGUACAAGCGAAGAAACGCAGCCUUGCAACGUUAAGCCGUGUCCUGUAGACGGGGCUUUCUCCGAGUGGGGAAGUUUUGAAGAUUGUGAUAAAACUUGCGGAUCGGGGAUAAAGAGAAGAACUAGGACAUGUACGAAUCCGCCGCCAUCUCACGGAGGCAAGAACUGCGAAGGCGCUGUGGAUCAAGUUGAAGAGUGCAACACACAACCCUGCCCGGUGAAUGGAGCGUUUUCGGCAUGGUCUGAGUUUGGGAGUUGCAGUGUGUCUUGUGGUUCCGGGGUUCAGGCGAGGAACCGAACUUGCUCGCAGCCAGCCCCUGCUCAUGGAGGUAAAGACUGCGAAGGACCUGCGGGAGAGACGAAGGAGUGCAACACAGAUCCUUGCCCUCCAGUUUCAACAUGAAAGAGGUUGAUCUCAAUAAAUAAUGUUUGGCUUUGACAUUUCUAAUACUUAUCUAGAUGUUUUAAUGACAGCACAGGACAGCAGACUUACCAGGUAGACCCAUAAAUUAAAAACCUGACCAUAAUGUGUCCUUGGGCAAGGGGACUUCCAUAGAUAUAAAAAGGUGCGGUAUGCUUGUCGGCAAAUUUGAAUUAAACCCCUAAAGAGACCAAUCUUGGCAUGGCUCAAGCUUUUUUUUUGACCCCUAAAAGAUACCACUUAAAAUGAAAUAGCCUUGAUUACCAGCUGCUGUUCAGGAAAUUAGCCCACGGUAGUAGACUGGACUCUAGAGACCGGUGAAAAUUGAGCCUAAAAACAGAAAUAAGAGCCCUUUCUUAUUAUUACUUCUUUAAGUGCACCCCAAGCGAGGACAGAAUUCUCGAUUUUAUACCCCUAAGUGAGAUGACAAGCAUCCCUGAUCUUUUUAUAUUGGAGGCCCCCUGGGAAUGUGUCAAUCAAUUUGAAGCUUUAACAUCCCCUGUGUAAUGCUAUGUGAUAGGGUACUUCCCAUUAUGUCAAAAAAUUUGACAACUUUCAGCUGGAAAUCAAAUGGAAAGGUCUGUUUUGGUUUGACCAGACUAUUUGGGAUCACCUCUGAAGGUGGUCCACUUUGCUUGGUCAGACUGGUUGAACUGAAAUUUGCUGUUUUAUUUUGACAAACUGGUUCUUUGCCCAACUACUCUUCAGUAGAUUUCAGUUAUGUGGGGAAAUGGGGUCAGUUAUCCCAGUUUGAUUGGAAAAUGUUCUAUUCUUCCUUGGUUAGUCCCAUCUCUGACUAGUUGUUCUGGCAUUAUGGAAAGUACCCUUAAUUACACUUUACUUUGUUUAUUCAAUGCAGGUAACCAUACCAGGUACGUUGAGAUAUUGCAACCCUUAAACUAUAUACUUGAAAGUCACUUCAGUCAAAUCUCAGUGCAACCCUGUUAAAAAUGGCUGGUUUAUAUGGGAAGACAAAAUAGUAUUAUACUGUCACUUGCAUCUAAGGGUGAACAUGUCAUGCUGAAACAUGCUCUAAUUGGGUGUCAAACAUGGCAUGAUUGGUCAUCAAACAUUUGAAGUUUAGCAAACUGUGGCACGA